UCGGGCUGGGGCACAUUUGUCUGACGACAACAGGAAGAUAACUGUAAGUAGGAUCCUCAUCUGAGUCGAGCCUGUUUCUCUUUUAAAAGAGAUUGCGGGAAAAUUGAGGCGUUCCAUUUAUUUGGACAGCACUGUUGAUUCCUGUGCGACUGCAAUCUUUCCUCGGGACAAGGCAUUUGGUGAGGGGAAAAUGUGAACAGGAUUAAAGUAUGGCAUGCAAAGAUGGUUUCUGCCAAGAAGGAGAUGGUGAUUGCGAUGCCCUCCAGUUACAUUUCCACACUAAUUUACUUUCUCUACAUGACAGCCUGUAUAAGGAAAACCUCAGGACAGAUAAAAAAGGAUGAGAAAAUAUAUCCAGAAAAUUUCACACGCAUACUGGACCGACUUCUGGAUGGUUAUGAUAGCAGACUGCGACCUGGCUUUGGGGGUCCAGUUACUGUAGUCAAAACUGAUAUAUAUGUGACAAGCUUUGGACCCGUAUCGGAUGUUGAAAUGGAAUAUACGAUGGACGUCUUCUUUCGUCAAACCUGGGUAGACAAGAGACUAAAGUAUGAAGGCCCCAUUGAAAUAUUAAGGCUAAACAACCUAAUGGUCACAAAAGUGUGGACGCCUGAUACUUUCUUUAGAAAUGGGAAAAAAUCUGUCUCGCACAACAUGACAGCCCCAAACAAGUUAUUUCGAAUCAUGAAAAAUGGGACAAUUUUGUAUACAAUGAGGCUUACCAUAAAUGCAGAGUGCCCGAUGAGACUUAUGGAUUUCCCAAUGGAUGGACAUGCUUGUCCUCUUAAGUUUGGAAGCUAUGCAUAUCCGAAAACUGAGAUGAUUUAUACUUGGAAAAAAGGGCCGGAAAACUCAGUAGAAGUCCCCCAAGAGUCUUCCAGUUUGGUUCAAUAUGAUCUAAUUGGACAGACGGUGUCUAGUGAAAUUGUCAAGUCUAUUACAGGCGAAUAUAUUGUGAUGACAGUUCAUUUCCAUUUGAAACGGAAAAUGGGCUACUUUAUGAUUCAGACGUAUAUACCAUGCAUUAUGACAGUAAUCCUCUCUCAAGUAUCAUUUUGGAUUAAUAAAGAAUCCGUCCCUGCUAGAACUGUAUUUGGGAUAACUACAGUUUUGACAAUGACAACACUUAGCAUCAGUGCGAGGCACUCCUUACCUAAAGUCUCAUACGCUACAGCAAUGGACUGGUUCAUAGCUGUCUGCUUCGCCUUUGUGUUUUCUGCUCUCAUUGAGUUUGCUGCUGUCAACUACUUCACAAAUACUCAAAUAGAAAAGGCCAAAAAGAAGACAGGGAAAUCUUCGCCUGCGCCUAAAGCUUCCGCAGGAGCGAGAGCAAAUGACACGGAUGAAAUACUCCAGAAUCCUGAUACAAAUGGAAACUUGAGGAAACGAAUGAACUACAUGACACAGCCAGAUGCCAACAGUGGCCAAAGAACUGACACUGGAAGCGAUACUAAAGGUGGUGUUAUAAGACAAUCUUUAGUUGGCCAAGUUCCUUCUGCAGUUGCCCCAUCUUUUUCUCACUCCAGCCCUAAUCCAUUCAGUCUUGUAAAUGUACACCCAUCAGUUUUAACAUCAGGAAGCACACCCCCGGCACCGCCCUCAUCCCCGGCCCUGCCCAGUCACAUACCAACAAACAGAAUUGCUGGACCAGCUUCUAUUCAGCACCUGCUUGGCCCCAAGCUUGAACAUAUUCAAGCAACAGCAACUAAGAAGAAAGCACAUCUAAAACAAGCCUCCUCCACCUCUGCAUCACCUGCUCCUCCUCCUGGCUCUGGAACAAGUAAAAUUGACAAGUACGCACGCAUUCUGUUUCCAGUUUCAUUUGGGGCUUUUAACAUGGUUUACUGGGUAGUCUACUUAUCAAAAGACACCAUGGAGCCCGAAAGUUAAGUCUGAUCUCUUAGCUAUGUCUUUCUUCACACUGCAAAAAAGUAACACCUCUAGGGGCUUCUUUCAAUCUAGUUUCUAAGAGUGUCACGGUUUUACGAACAUUGAAAGUAAGGAAUAUGUAAAAUACAAUUACCUCAGCAUAAUCAGCAACAAAUAUCUACUCCUAAAAUAAAACACAAAAUAAUAAUAAUACAUUCAUAUGUUCUCAAAAAGGUCCUUGAAAAUGAGCAUGUAAAACAAACAAAAAAACAUUCCAAAAUAUAUCAAAAUUGUGUUAAACUGUGUUUUCUUUUUUUUUGAUGGAUGUAUCUGGAUGUCAGUGGCAAACUAUGUACUCCAGCAAUACUGGAUAUGUCAUGCUUUUGGUUUUAUGAGGUAAUACCAAUGUCUGCUGCCAAUAAUGUUCACUGUCUCUGUUAAUUAAAAACAUUAAUUAAAUAAUACACAAAAGGAAAUUUUAAUUAGUCUAGUCCAUUUGCAGGAAGAAAAUAAUUUUACUAAAUGACAUGGCAAUAUUAUUCGACAGACUUUUAUGAAGUGUACAAUGGUCUCGAAGUUUACGUUGCUGCUUUACUUUUCUCAGUUUCACAUAAGUUUGAUUUCCAGACAUGUUGUCCUUCAGUAAGUCCCAUGUAAACCCAUCCAUAGAUUUUCUAAAGACUAAAUCUUUAGCUGUUUCUAUGGCAAAUAGUUGCAAAAAAACACUUUUACAAUGACCAAAAGUGCACAAAAAGGGUUUGUUUCACAACUGUUUUUCUCUUACCGUACAAUAGGCAGAACUAAAGAAUUCUGCUUUGUGUGAAGGCAGGAGAUGCUUGGAGUGGGUGAGAAGGUACUUGGAGAAGCUCAGUUGGGUUUAUAAAACAACCAUGUGUGACAUUAAGAGCACCUGAAAUAAGCAUUGGAAAAAAGAGACAAAA